CCUGAGUUGAGAUCUUGAAUUGUUUUUUGACUUGAAACUCGAUCCGAACAACAUUUUAAAGCCCUGACUAUUCUUUCAUUCUUAAAUCGGCCCAUUCCUGUUCAAAAUAUUCACCUAUUAAGGAUGAGCCGACUACCCAUUAUAUGUACAUUUUAGAAGAAGUUUUAAUUAGAAAUUACUCAGUUACUGUGCCAAUAAGGAUGUCCAUUUUAAAACACCAGUUUAAACGAUUUUUGAAUUCUUAAUGGGUUAUCUUAAUAGUGAUUAAUAAAUAGGGUUGUAGGUUCUGGACCGAACCGAAGAAUCGAGGAUUUUUUAUUCGGUUCUUUGUUUCGGUUUUGGAUAUCUGAAGAAUUUACAGGAACCGACAACUAAUAAAUAAACUACAAUAGAUAAAUUAAUUUUAGGAUGGUGAUCUUUUUGAACUUCUUCGAAAGAGGCGAAUGUUUAGUGAAACAGAAGUGGCAAGCUGUGCAGAUUGUCUUUGCCGUGCACUAGCUUAUUUACACACUGAACAUUUAAUAGUUCAUAGAGAUGUUAAAUUGGAAAAUUUAUUGGUUUAUUAUAUUCCUGACAAUCAAUCUGGGCAGCGUUUAAUGAUUAAAUUAGCAGAUUUUGGAUUAGCUUGUCAAUUGGAGACUGCAGACCAAUUAUUAAUUUUACUUUGUGGUACACCAACAUAUGUGGCGCCUGAAGUGCUUGCUGAAUUUGGGUAUUCAUUUAAGGCUGACUGUUGGAGUGUUGGAAUAAUUCUUUAUUGUCUUCUUUGUGGUUACCCACCUUUUGGAGUUGAUGAACCUGACGAUGUUUUAUUUAAUCGAAUUUUACGUGGACAAUUUCAUUUUCCUUCGCCAGUUUUUGAUUCAAUUAGUAAUUCAGCCAAAUUAUUAAUUACACGACUAUUAAAUACUGAUCCGUUUAUGAGAGCAUCAGCAACAGAUGUUGUAGAGUGGCAUUGGACUAAGGGUCUAGCCAAUGUCUCACAAGAAAAUGAAUUGGAAGCAGAAGAACAUUUAGCUAUAGCAAUUGCAGGAAUGUUAAUGUUAGAUGAUGAUGACGAUGAACAACAAAAACAAUAUUCUGAUGAUUUUGCAAUGUCAGAAUCUUCAGCAGAAUUUUUCUUUUCUCGUAGAGCAAGUAUGGAUGAAUUAUUAUGUGAGGAUGAUAAUGAUGAAGAGGAGGGAGGAGGAGGAGAAGAUGGAAAAAUGUUGCUAUUUUCUUCUAUUGCUACAACUACUGCUACAAAUGUAUUUUCUUCAUCUGCUAUAGCUACAGCUUCAUUUUCUGCUACUACAAAUUCCAUUUCUAAUCCUCCAAAUGCUCCAAUUUCAACAGAUGUUACAAAAUUGAUUAGAAGUGAUUCACCAUAUGAAUUUCCUCCCAUUCAAUUACCUCCAAUAUCACAAUCAAUAUUAGCUACAGCAAUGCCAUCAUUGUUACCUUCAUCUAAUACAGACUUACUUGAACAGCAAACAUCUUCCUCUUUAGCUCCAUCUUCUUUAGCAACAGAUAAACGUAAAAGACAACGUGGUGAUUCAAUUAAAAAACAUCAAAAUAUCAAAAUUGAUUUUCAACAACCCCAACAAAAACUUCAACAAAAUAAUGAAAAAGAAGCUUCUUCUAUAUCAGCAGUUGAUAAAAUAAUUGCAUGUAAUACAAGUUGUAUCGUUGGAGGUAAUAAAGAAACUACUCAACAAACUACACCAAGAAUGCAACGUAAAAUAAUUUUACCCCAACAACAACAAUCGACUACUGGUAUAAGACGUAAACAAAAUUUACGUCAUAUAUCUUUAGAUGAUAAUGGAGUAGUAGAUGAUAAUAAUGAAAUUGGAAGAAUUGCUGUUACAAAUGUAAAUAAUAAUAAUAAUACACCAACAACAGCAGCACCAACAAGAACAACAACAACAACAACAGCAAGUACAGGACGAAGACAAAGAAGGACAGCAACAAUCAGAUAA